CCGACUUUUAACCGCCAAAAUAUUGUCUCAAUCCCUAUUCCCACUCGACAGCUCGAGACGCGCAUUGUCAAUCUGUACGAACUCAAGAUUCGCUGGGAUCAGCAGGCUUUCUGCGAGGCCGAACUGACCACUUGGUUGCAGUCGAAAGAGGCCGAGGUUGGGCUGGCCAUCUCGGCGGUGACCCCAUCGUCCUGUACAGCUACCGUUGCUGCCUAUUCCACGCUUGUCAACAGCCUCGAGAAGGCCGGGCUGCAAGCCCUUCGCGAGCAGAUCAUUGGCCGCCGGCCGGUUCUCCUGAAGCUGGCGCAGCGUCGAUGUCAACUCGAAGCCGCUACUGCCACCACUUCCAAGUCAUCUUGUCAUCUGUUCACGUCGCCAGGCUCACCGAUAGCCAUUCUUUCGCAGCAGACGGUCGAUCUGUUGGCCAGGUUGGACGAGGCGCUGUCGACUCGUCAGGUGCUGCUCAACGACGCUUUGGCGGCCGCCCGCCUUGGCAACGAAACCGGCCUGGAUGCAGGACUUAAGCUCGUGGUUCAACGAGCUGUCGACUUGGAGGAGAGCCUUCGCAAUGUGCAACAGCCGAUUCAGGGGGACAUCGAAGAGUACUGUCUUGCCGUAAUCGUGAGCAUGGGUCGUCUCCUGAGUAUCAAUUUAGAGAAAGGAGAUUCACCUACUAUGGAAGCCUAUUUUUCAUAA